CCACUCCAAAAAAAAAUCAUCAAGUGUAGCAAUAAACACUAUCCAUCUUCAAUAAAAUGCACAUGUGUUGAUAGAAUAAACAAAAGCCAUAUUUAUUUAAAUCACAAUGACUGUCGUAGACGGCUCAUCUUCUUCAUCCGCCGGCAAUUUCAAAUCCAAAACCACCGCGUAUGUGGUGGUGUGCUGGAUCUUCGCCGCCAUGGGCGGCCUCAUGUUCGGCUACGACAUCGGCAUCUCCGGCGGCGUGUCGGCCAUGGACGACUUCCUGGUCAAGUUCUUCCCCAACGUGUACGCGAGGAAGCUGACGGUCCACGAAGACAACUACUGCAAAUACGACGAUCAGAUGCUUCAGCUCUUCACGUCGUCGCUGUAUCUCGCCGCGCUCGUCGCCAGCUUCGGGGCGUCGAAAGCCUGCACCAUCCUCGGGCGGAGGCCGACCAUCCGGCUGGCCUCCGUCUUCUUCAUCGUCGCCGCCCUCAUCAGCGCCCUCGCCCCGAACAAGAUCCUGCUCAUCCUCGGCAGGAUCUUGUUCGGCAUUGGCGUCGGAUUCGGCAACGAGUCGGUGCCGCUCUUCUUGUCGGAGGUGGCGCCGCCGCACCACAGGGGAGCUGUGAACAUCCUGUUCCAGCUCUUCGUGACGAUCGGGAUCCUGAUCGCGAACCUGGUGAACUUCGCGGUGGCGAACGUGCACCCGUUCGGGUGGAGGAUCGCGCUGGGGGUGGCGGGCGUGCCGGGGCUGUUCCUGUGCAUCGGGUCGUUCGUGAUCAUGGAGACGCCGUCGAGCCUGAUCGAGCGCGGCUACGAGACGGAGGGGCGCCAGGCGCUGCAGAAGGUCCGCGGCAUGGACGACGUGGAGCGCGAGCUCGAGUACAUCAAGCACGCCUGCGAGCAGGCCAAGAAGGUGAAGCAGCCGUUCAAGAAGCUGAUGCAGCGCGAGAGCGUGCCGCCGCUCACCAUCGCCAUCUGGAUCCAGAUCUUCCAGCAGUUCACCGGCAUCAACGCGAUCAUGUUCUACGCCCCCGUCCUCUUCCAGACGAUGGGCUUCAGGAACGACGGCGCCCUCCUCUCCGCCGUCAUCACCGGGAUCGUCAACGUGCUCAGCACCUUCGUCUCCAUCGUCGCCGUCGACAAGCUCGGGAGGAGGAAGCUCCUCCUCCAGGCCUGCGUGCAGAUGCUGAUCUGCCUGGUGGGGUCCGGCGUGAUCCUGCAGCUGCACCUCAAGAGCGUCGGGACGCUCGACAGCAAGCUCGCCACGAUCGUGGUCGUGCUCGUGUGCCUCUUCGUCAUGUCGUUCGCGUGGUCGUGGGGCCCGAUGGGAUGGCUCAUCCCGAGCGAGGUGUUCCCGCUGGAGACGAGGACGGCCGGGUUCGCGUUCGCGGUGAGCACCAACAUGCUCCUCACGUUCAUCAUCGCGCAGGCGUUCCUGUCGAUGCUGUGCCACAUGAGGGCGGGGAUCUUCUUCUUCUUCGCGGCGUGGGUGGUGGUGAUGGGCGUCUUCGUCUUCUUCCUGCUGCCGGAGACGAAGGGCAUCGCCAUCGACGAGAUGGCCGACCGGGUGUGGAAGGUGCACCCGGUGUGGAAGAGGUUCAUGCCCAAAGAAGGAAAGGGCGCUGAGAUGACAUGAUUGAGCAUGCUUGCUUCAUUCCGACAUCAUGGGAAGAGUUGAAGAUGUUCCUCUUUUACACCUUGCUUUUGUCUUCUUCAAUAAAUGUCAUCUAAUGCUGGAUUCUACGAAGCCAAGGCGGCUCAUGUCAUCGAUCGAGCAUGAAAAAGAAGAAAGAGAGAGAGAGAUCACAAAGAGAGAGAGACAGAGUGAAAUGUAGCAAGAAUUCUUUCAAUCAGAUUGUAAAGAAUCCUCCUAUUUCAAGCAAUAAAAUCGAUUUUGAUGAAAAUAUUGUGCA